UUGCAACAAAGUUUAACAUAUCCGCAGAAAAUACUUUUUUUUCAGUUUUUUCUGUACUUAAUUGCUUGAUGUGACACUUUAUCCAUUUUUCUAUGUUGUUUUUAGUCCCAGUGAAGACUUAGAAACUGCAGCUAUUUGGUUGGCCAACAUAUAGUUAGGCAAGAGGCAGCUGCAUGUCCUUCAACUCCUCAUAGGUGCUGGAAGCAAAUAGCAGUGAAAGAUGAAAAAAUACCUACCCAAUUCUUCUUUUUAUUCUAUCUAGCCAUAAUUGGCUUUUCGGCUGGUCUUCUUCAGGUCCAACACAUUGACAAAAUACAUUAUCACCAAUAAUACUGUCAGAAAGUGAAUCCUCUAUAUUUUGAAUACAUCCUAAAUAACGACCUUUACGGGUGAUGUUUUAAUGAUACAUACUGGUAUUUAUGGGUACAACUUCACUAAAUGUAUAGAGAAGCUCACAGGGAUAGAUGGACCCUGUUGCUAUUUCCUGUCUGCACUCUUCUUGUGUAGCGGUAUGGGGACCUAUGUCAGAUGAAGGAGUAACACUAUAUCGUAUUCCCUGUGGAACAGAAUCGGAAAAGAACAAAAAGACGAAUUGAGGGAUAACGUUGCUAGGAAACCCUGACAAGAGCUAUUUACCCCAGAAUCAUGCUGUAGCGCACGUGCAUUCAGACUGUGUGUGUGUGUGUGUGUGUGUGUGUGUGUGCACCUCCUCUCCCUGCUGCGUCUGUGUGCCCUUGCUCUUGCUCGUAUUAUAAAGCCAGCAGCAUCUCUUUCGCUCUGCUCUCUUGCUCGAGUAAAGUCAAGGCUAAAUUACAGUCAACUCAGCAGUGUCUGGAGAAUGAACAACGGAUCGUGCUUGAGGUUUUUCCUUUUUUUAAUACAACGAAUUUUGGCUGACGUACUUUUGUCAAGGUUAUAUAGCAGCAUAUCAACUCCUACACAAGGCUGUGUCUUCUUUCUUUGAAUCAAGUGACUCUUGAAUGGAAGGUUAAGCCUCACCACGGAGCGGCGGAAAACAAAGAGAGGUGAAAACCAACACAAGGAAGCUGUGAGUACAAUGGAUUGUUUACCUUUGGGUAUUUGGUGCCCGAGCUCAUAGAAGAAAUCUGUUUGCCUCUCAGCGUACACUCUGCUGCUCGUGAACAAAUCCCCAGGGCUACUUGGAGGCUUAUCUCGCAUGUGAGCAGCACAGCAUGCUGUGAGGGGCAAUGUGACGGCAGAGGAAGGGCAGUUUUCCUCCAACCUGAUGUUAAGGAAAAAAGCACUUUCUCCUCUCUCUCAUUCACCAUCUAUUCUUCUGUGUCUUCACUUAUCAUGAACACCUCUCUGCCACUUGAGGGGUCCCAUCUUGUCUGCCCCCUUUUCAGUCUGUCUCCUCCAUACCUUCACCUUUUGAUUCACAAAGCAAACUUUUCCCUUUGAUACCUGACCGCUUUCUGUCACUCCUCUAUUUCUUUUCUUACAAACUCACCUCUUCCUCAUCCUACCUUGUACCUUGCACUUUCCUCUUUUCUCUCAUGUAUGUCCCUUGCAUGAUUUUUUUUUCCUUCCCCCCCUUUUUGUCCUCUCCUCUGUCUCCAUUUUCAACCAUCCAUUUUUUUCUCCUGUCUUGAGCCUGAGGGCACCCAGGACUCGGCGUUUGAACACAUACUCGUUCUCUCUCCUAAUUGCCAUCUCGUCGUCUCUCAGCGCUUUUUUCUCUCACCUUCCCUCACAAUUAUCCUACCCGUCCUGUCACAAUGUACUCCUCCGAGGAGCUCUGGAACGCCACCGAGCCGGUCUGGAUCAACGGCUCUGAGGGAAACUUCUCUCUGGGAAGACGCAGGGACGAGGACGAGGAGGAGGAAGGAGAUCAGCACCCCUUCCUCACAGAUGCCUGGCUGGUCCCCCUCUUCUUCUCCCUCAUCAUGCUGGUCGGACUGGUGGGCAACUCUCUGGUUAUUUAUGUCAUUUCCAAACACAGGCAGAUGAGGACGGCAACCAACUUCUACAUAGCAAACCUGGCUGCCACCGACAUCAUCUUCUUGGUGUGCUGCGUCCCCUUCACCGCCACCCUUUAUCCUCUCCCUGGAUGGAUCUUUGGCAACUUCAUGUGCAAAUUUGUUGCCUUUCUACAGCAGGUGACAGUCCAAGCCACCUGCAUCACUCUGACGGCUAUGAGCGGGGACCGCUGUUACGUCACAGUCUACCCUCUGAAAUCUCUCCGCCACCGCACACCAAGAGUAGCCAUGAUUGUCAGCAUCUGCAUUUGGAUCGGCUCCUUGAUCCUGUCCACCCCGAUACUAAUGUACCAGCGUAUAGAGGAGGGUUACUGGUACGGCCCGAGGCAGUACUGCAUGGAGAGAUUCCCCUCAAAGACACAUGAAAGGGCUUUCAUCCUCUACCAGUUUAUUGCUGCCUACCUGUUGCCGGUCCUCACUAUCUCCUUCUGCUACACUCUGAUGGUGAAGCGGGUGGGCCAGCCCACUGUAGAACCCGUAGACAACAACUAUCAGGUCAACCUCCUGUCUGAGAGAACCAUCAGUAUCAGGAGCAAAGUCUCCAAGAUGGUGGUAGUAAUCGUCCUCCUCUUCGCCAUUUGCUGGGGUCCCAUCCAGAUCUUCGUCCUCUUCCAGUCUUUCCAUCCCAACUACCAGCCCAACUACGCCACAUACAAGAUCAAGACGUGGGCUAACUGCAUGUCCUACGCCAACUCUUCGGUCAACCCCAUAGUUUACGGUUUCAUGGGAGCCACCUUCCAAAAGUCCUUCAGGAAAACCUUUCCGUUUCUGUUCAAGCACAAAGUCAGAGAUAGCAGCAUGGCUUCCAGGACUGCCAACGCUGAGAUCAAGUUUGUUGCUGCAGAGGAAGGCAACAAUAACAAUGCAACAAAUUGAAUCUGACAAUUAAAAAAUAGCAAGAAAGAGAUUAUUGUUUGAAUCCAGAGCAACCGCUGCAAGAAGAAAAUAAUGAACAUUUUCCAGGCUUGGUGUUCAUUGUGUGAAAGUCUUCAUAGAGCAACUGGCUGAUUGCAACAGACCUCGUUUGGCAGACAUAUUUUAGUUAUGUUAAUGAAUACAACGAUGCGGGGAAACAGAGAUUCAUAAUACAGAUGGACAUUAACAGUGUUUGGCACUAUAUGUCACCUGUUGACUGCCAAGGCCAGGCAGCGUUGGCACAUGUCAUCAAUCGAGCUGCCAAACACCACAGAGGACAGCAUGUGAUGACGAGAGAGGACAUUUUUGCCUGAAAGCUGUCGGCAUGAGUCCUGAUACUAUAAUCCCUUUUGGAUCAUGGCUGACAGGGUCUGCAACUUUGGUAUAAACUAAUGAUCAUUUGGACAGCUGAUGAUAUUAUAUAUUCAAAGAUGCAUGAGAAUAGGGUAUUUUGGAAAUGACUGAAGGCUGAAUGUGCAUUUUGAAUGGACAAUGAAUACACUAGAACAGAUGCCUAUGGACAUGUUGUUUGUUUUCGUUAUUUAUGUGGUUCCUAUCACUGGAGAGAAAGAGGAAAAUUGCAAGAGACUCUUUCAGUAUCUGUCAUUUUGCGAAACAGCUAACACAAUUACAUUUAUUAUAGGAAUAGUUUGACAUUUUGGGAAAGAAAUCUUUUCGCUUUCUUGCAGAGUUACCCGAGACGAUUGUGACUGCUCUCAUGUUUGAACACUAAAUAUGAAGCUAGAGCCCAGAGGUGAUUAUCUUAGCUUAGCAUAAAGACUGGAAGCAGGGAGAAACCUCUAGCCGGGAUCUGUCCAAAUUUCAAAAAUAUGCCGACAAGCAUCUCUAAAGCUCAUAAAGUAACACAUAUCGGAUAUGAUUCAUUAUCCAACCUCAGGGGUCAAGAUGCCAACCAUGAACCUUCUCUCCCUCAUUUCCUGUAAAUUUGCUGUUGUCUGUAAUAAAUAAAUUCCCCCUAUUUGCAGCCUUUAAAUGGAUAGUUUGAGUGUUUUGAAGUGGGGUUGUAUGAGGUACUUAUCCAUAGUCAGUGUAUUAGGUGACGAUCAGCACAUCCCCGGUUUGAAGAAGCAGACAGGAGUUACCGCAUGGGAGCA